UGAUUUUCUCUUGUAACCCUUAAACGUUUUCUCACUUCACACGUUCAUUUUCAUUUCACCUUUGUUAUUUACUGUGGCCCAACCACCCCAACCUAAUUAAGCACCCCUUUACUACUCUUUCCAUCACCUUCUCUCUUUCUAUUUCUUCCUUUUCUUUUCAUCUUAGUUCACUCUCAACGUACAAACAAUAUAAUAAUAAUACAAACACAUAUGGGCAAGUUGUGGACCUUGAUCAUCCAGCUUCAUUCUAUUGCUGGGCCGGUUGUGACGUUAUUGUACCCUUUGUAUGCAUCGGUGGUAGCAAUAGAGAGCCAGUCCAAGUUGGAUGACGAGCAAUGGCUAGCUUAUUGGAUCAUCUAUUCGUUCCUCACCCUUGCGGAAAUGGUUCUUCAACCUAUCUUAGAGUGGAUACCAAUUUGGUACGAUGUGAAACUAUUGACGGUGGCAUGGCUGGUGUUGCCACAGUUAGCAGGAGCUGCGUACUUAUAUGAAAGGUUCGUUAGAGAGCAUAUAAGGAAAUAUAUAACGGAGAGACAGUAUCUCUAUGGCAACCACCAGCAACAAAGCAAAAAGUCUCCCAAUAACGGUGGCAAGGCCAAGAAAUUCGUCGAAUUCGUCACGCCCAAGAAAGGGGAUCAGGAGGCAUAUUGAAUUGGCAAUUGGACGGUGCUGAGCAGUGUAUUUUGAGUUUUUUAACUGAGGAUCUUCCAAUUGAUCAUUUGAGUCAAAUCAACUUUCCUUUUAAUUUGGUUAUAACUGUGUUUUAUUUAUGUUUUAUGUAUAUAUAUGUAUGUGGAUCUCUUUCGUGGACUACCUCCUUGCUGUAUGAUCAUAAUCUCAUGUCGUGUAUGUGAAGUGAUAUCUUUCUUGAGUCUCCUUUUGCCUAAUACGAAAGUAAAACCAAAUUCCAUUUUCAGGAUGCAUCUAUUUUCUCUCAUACACACACGGGCUUAGGGUAGGGGAAAAAUGGAGAAAGGGAUUUGGGUCGCGGCUCAAGAAUCGAAUACUUUAUAGGAUCAUGGGCCAAAGAAAUUUCAAGUUGGGUUAUUUGGGCUCAGUUGCAAAAUAAAAAUUUGCUAGUUGAAUCCACGAGGUCUUCCUAAUGAAAAUUGUGUCAUCCCAAAACUGAAGAAUAUUAUCUUCCACCUUUCUUGUUCAACAUGGUGGUAGAGGGAUUGUGUGGACUAAUGAGCAAUCGAAAAGAAUUAUAUA